GGGCUCAGGGUUCAGCCUCGGGCUGGUGUCGCCGCGCCGUAUUCGCCAUGGAGCUGGUGCCGAGGACCUCUCCCGUGGUGCUGCUGCUGCUCUUGCUGCUGGGCCUGAGUACCGGAGCAGUCAUUGACUGGCCCGCAGAGGAAGGAAAGGAAGUGUGGGAUUAUGUGACUGUCCGCAAGGAUGCCCACAUGUUCUGGUGGCUCUAUUAUGCAACUAACCCCUGCAAGAACUUCUCAGAACUCCCUCUGGUCAUGUGGCUUCAGGGUGGUCCGGGCGGUUCCAGCACUGGAUUUGGAAACUUUGAGGAAAUUGGGCCCCUUGACAGUGAUCUCAAACCACGAAGAACUACCUGGCUCCAGUCGGCCAGUCUCCUAUUUGUGGAUAACCCUGUGGGCACUGGGUUCAGUUACGUGAACAAGAGUGACGCGUAUGCCAAAGACCUCGCCAUGGUGGUGUCAGACAUGAUGAUUCUCCUAAAGACCUUCUUCGAUAGCCACAAAGAAUUCCAGACGAUUCCGUUCUACAUUUUCUCGGAGUCCUAUGGAGGCAAAAUGGCCGCUGGCAUUGGUCUAGAACUUUAUAAGGCUGUUCAGCAAGGGACCAUCCAGUGCAACUUUGCUGGCGUUGCUUUGGGUGACUCAUGGAUCUCCCCUAUAAAUUCGGUGCUCUCCUGGGGACCUUACCUGUACAGCGUGUCUCUUCUUGAUGACCAAGGUCUGGCAGAGGUGUCUCAGGUUGCAGAGCAAGUCCUGGAUGCCGUGAAUAAGGAGCACUAUGUAGAGGCCACCCAGCUGUGGGGGAAAGCAGAAAUGCUCAUUGAACAGAACACGGAUGGGGUGAACUUCUAUAACAUCUUAACUAAAAGCGCUCCCAUGGCUGCGAUGGAGUCGAGCCUGGAGUUCACCCAGAGCCACCUAGUUCAUCUUUACCAACGCCACGUGAGACACCUACAACAGGAUACCUUAAGUCAGCUCAUGAACGGUCCCAUCAGGAAGAAGCUCAAAAUUAUUCCUGAGGAUUGCUCCUGGGGAGGCCAGUCUGCCAGUGUCUUCCAGAACAUGGAGGGGGACUUCAUGAAGCCGGUCAUCAGCAUUGUGGAUGAGUUGCUGGAAGCCGGGGUCAAUGUGACCGUGUAUAACGGACAGCUCGAUCUCAUCGUGGACACCAUGGGUCAGGAGGCCUGGAUGCGGAAAUUGAAGUGGGCCGAACUGCCCAAAUUCAAUCAGCUGAAGUGGAAGGCCCUGUACAGCGACCCUCAAUCUUCUGAAACGUCUGCUUUUGUCAAGUCCUACAAGAAUCUGGCUUUCUACUGGAUUCUCAGAGCUGGGCACAUGGUUCCUUCUGACCAAGGAGACAUGGCUCUGAAGAUGAUGAGGAUGGUGACUCAGCAGGAAUAGGAUGGACCGGAGGUGAGUUGCUUGGCCUUGGGGCAUAGGGGCUGAAGCGAGCACCCUGCAGCUGUAGGAGGCACUGCUCUCCCUUGAACCCACUUGCCUGUGCGCGUGAAGUUUCCUGCCCGCUUCUCCAGAGAACAGAAUCGCUGCCUCCGUGGCAACUUGGAAAUCAGUUCUGCUUCCGAACAAACCUAAGUUGUUUUCUUCUCUAAUGGAUUUGUUUUCAUCAAAAUGAAAGGUUGAAAUAAGUUAACAUGUUUGUAUUAUGAAAGUAAAUUAUGUGGUUUAUGGGGGAAAAAAAGAGAAAGACAGGUAAACAACAAAAUAAACACCCUUUUACUCCCUUCCCCGGGAUAAGUUCGGCUGUCAGUUUAGUGUCUGUCUUUGGAAGUCUUUUUUUGCUAUAUAUGUGUGUAUAUUUUUUACAAGAAUGGAAUCAUUACUGUAUGUUGUUUUACUACCUUGUUCACAUAUUCGUUUGUCCUAAACACCUCUUCAUGUCAGUAAAGUUUCUUCUGUAGCAUUUUUUUUAAUGCUUAUUUAUUUUUGAAGGAAGAGAGAGACAGAGCGUGAGUGGGGGAGGGGCAGAGAGAGAGGGAGACACAGAAUCCGAAGCAGGCUCCGGGCUCUGAGCUGUUAGUACAGAGCCUGAUGCGGGGCUCAAACUCAUGAGCCAUGAGAUCAUGACCCGAGUCGAAGCCAGAUGCUCAACUGACUAAGCCAUCCAGGCACCCCUUUCUAUAACACUUUUAAUAGCUGCUGAAGCAUUCCAUUUUGUGGAUGUACCAUCAUUUAUGUACCAAAUGCACAACUGUUUCACGUAAGCAAUGUCUCCUUUGUCGCUGCUAUAAACAGUGCUCUGGUGAUUCAUCCUGACAGUUAUAUUUUUAUACACAUCCUCAUUAUUUUCUUGCAAUAAAUUCCUAAAAGCAUAACUGUGAAGUCAAAGAAUUGGAGCUUUUCUUUAAAAUCAAAAUGAGGGGCACCUGGGUGGCUCAGUUGGUUGAGCAUUCAACUCUUAAUUUUGGCCCGAGUCAUGAUCUCACCGUUUGUGAGUUUGAGCCCCGCGUCGGGCUCUGGGCUGACAGCACAGAGUCUGCUUGGGAUUCUGUCUCGUCUCUGCCCUCCCCUAUGCAUGCUCACUUUCUCCCUCUCUCUCUCUCUCUCUCUCUCUCUCUCAUAAUAAAUAAAUAAAACUUAAAAAUUUUCUAAAAUUUUUUUUUGAAGUUUAUUUAUCUUGAGAGAGAGAGAGGAGCAGAGAGAGAAGGAGAGAGAAAAUCCCAAGCAGGCUCCACACUGACAGCACGGAGCCUGACGUGGGGCUCGAACUCACCAACCGUGAGAUCAUGACCUGAGCCGAAAUCAAGAGUUGGACGCUUAACCUACUGAGCUACCCAGGUGCCUCAGGGUCUUUAAUUUUUAAAUCCAGGCUUUUAAGUUUUAGCGUGUGGCUCACGAUCUGCAGAAGGGAUGUGAUAGCCUCUAUGCUGAUCCUGAAAAGAACACUAUUGCCUGUGGUUGCAGGGCUGAGAUAUUGAAAACCAAACCCAAAGUCUUCCUGAAGCACAUAAGGAGAGAGUUAUCAGCGGGUUAUGCCUGCAUGACCAGCCCUUUUGGACCUGAGAUUAAAACAGGGACAUCCCACACUUACCCACGGUUCGCUGUUGGAGGGCAAGCGCUCCUGCGUGCCGUGGACAAGGAAGACAGGCUUGUCUGUCUGUCAGUUUUGAUCCCUCUGGACUCCACCAGUGUAUGUUCUCCUGCGGCUUCUGCUGCAUAUCCUUUGCUGGAAAAAAAUUUAGCUAUGAGUAUAACUAGUCACUGAGUGUUGUGAGUCCUGGCAUUGAAUUACAACACAAAUUGAAUCCCCAACCUCACAGGAAACCUCUGUUUCAUUAGUCGUUAGGGGACUAGGGGCUCCUGGCUGGCUCAGUCAGUAGAGUGCAUGACUCUUGAUCUCAAGGUCAUGAGUUCAAGCCCCCCGUUGGGCACGGGGCCUGCUUUAAAAAAAUGAAAUAGAAGCUAGGGUAUUAGUUGGGAAGGAAUGUGAGUUUGACCAUUAGGAAGGGCCAUGUAGACAGAUUCCAGUGAAGCUAGGGCCAGCGAACCUUUUUUGCCACUUGAAGCAACCUUCUAUCCCUGCCUGAGGAAGUUAACGUUCUCCUGCCCUGAGAUCCGGUAACCAAUCCCAAGAUGCCCAAAGCCGUCUUCUUGCAACAUUAUAUUCUCUCUCAACCCACACCCAUGGCUUCAUGGAAAUUCCCUAUGAUCAGCUCCCUGGGGAGGAAGUCUCGGGCUUGGUUUAUAGAUAGCUCCACGUGGUGGGCAUGCGUCCCCUGAGAAUGGACAGCUGUAGCACGAAACAGCUGUCUCCGAAACAGCCCUGAAACAUGGUCGGGGAAAUCCUCCUAGUGGACAGAACUGGGGACACUGUACCUGUUUGUUCACUUUGCCUGGAAAGAGAGGUGGUCAGAAGAAAGGGUCUGCACCCAAAUCAUCAUUUGGCUGGGUAGUUGCACUUGGAAGGAACACAACUGAAAAAUCAAAAGGUCUGAGGAAGAGGUAUGAGCAUGGACCUCCGAGUGGCAGAAUAGGAGGAUAGCUUGUGUUCCGUGUGAAUGCUCACCAAAGCAGAGAGGAAGAUUUUAACGAUCAGGUGGUUAGGAUGACCCAUUCCGUAGACAUCAGACAGUCUCCUUCCCCAGCAACCUCUGUGAACUCAAUACCAAUUGAAGUGGCCACUGUGACAGCGAUGGAGAUUAUACAUUUGCUACUGGAACAUGGACUUGUGCUCACCAAGACUGAUCUGGCUAUAGCUGCUGCUGAGUGCCUAAUCUGCCAACAGAAGGAACUGCACUGAGUCCCUGAUACGGCACCAUUGCCUGAAGGCGUCAGCCAGCUACCUGGUGUUAAGUUGAUUACAUUGGACCACUUUCAUUAUGAAAGAGGCAGCAAGUUGUUCUUAUUGGAAUUGACGCUUGCUCUGGACUUGGAUUUGCCUUCCCUGCCUGCAGUGUUUCUGCCAAAACUACCAUCUGUGGCCUUACAGAAUGUGUCGUCCGCCAUCAUGCUAUUCACAACAAACGAAGCGCAGAAGUGGUUCAUGCUCUUGGAAUUCACUGAUCUUAACCAUGUUCCCCAUUAUCUUAAAGGGACUGCCUUAACACAUGGUUGAAUGGCUUUUUGAAGAUUCAGGUACAGUACCAGCUAGGUGGUGACACCUUGCAGGGCUGGGGCAAUGUCCUUCAGUAUGCGGUGUAUGCUGUAAAUCGGCAUCCCACGCUUCUCCCAUGCUCUGGAUUCAGGAGUCCAGGAAUCAAGGGAUACAAAUGAAAGGAACUCCUCACUAUCGGCCCAGUAGUCAAAUUUUUGCUUGCCAUUCCUGCAACUUUAGCCUCUGCUGGUGUAGAAGUCUUAGUUACAAAGGCAGACACGCUUUCAUCAGGAGACACAGCAAAGAUUGCAUUGAACUGGAGCUUGAAGCUGCCAUCUGGCGUCUUUGGGCACUGGAUAAACAGGCAAAGUCCAGGCUGGGGUGAUUGAUCCUGACUAUCAAGGGGGAACUGGGUUGCUACUACACAGGAUUAAGGAGGGAGAAUGCAAGAGAUCUUUUGGGGUACCUUGUAGUACACCCAUAGCCUCUGGUUAAAGUCAAUGGAAAAUGAUAAUAACCCAAUUUAGACUGGUAGUGGCCCAGACCUCGCACAAAGGUUUGGGUCAUUCUACCAGUCAAGGAAUUAUGACCAACUAAGGUGCUCGCCGAAGGCAGAAGAAAUAUGGAAUAAAUAGUGAAUGAUCUAGUUAUUAAUACUUGCUGUGACCUCGUGACCUGUUGUAGAACAAAGACUAUAACAGUUAUAAGUAUUUCUUCCUUAUUUUGAUGUGAAUAUAUUAUAAAUAUUAACCAAAAUCUUGUAAUCUCUUCUCUCAACCCUUUAUCGUCUAAUUUAAGAUGUGCUCAUAAUAGAUAACUUUAUAUGUAAGUAUCUAAGUUAUAAGAUGUCAAAAAGGGAGUAUGAAUGAAUCAGCUAGGAAAAGAAUGUACGUUAUCCAAAGACAAAAAAGGGACUCUGGUGUUGUUCUGGGGGAGAAAGUCAGCGUGGCUUGGGCCGUGUGGGGGAUAUUGCGUGGUGUUCCGCAGAAGCGUGAUUUUGUUGCUGUCUUUAUUUGGAGAUUAAGCAUAGUUUAAGGCACUGUGUACGGGUGCCAAGUCGAAAAUGGAUGGACUGUGGGGUCUUUGUAAUGUUUCUACUUGCCCAGGCCAAAUUAUAUUUCCCAGAAUUACCUCUCCUGUUUGUUUCUGAUUAGAAUGGCCCACAAGACUGGAGAUUCUCGUGGAGAUUUAGAGGAUAGAAAUGAGGCAGCAGCCAAUGUUAGCUCAAAUGUGCUGUCAUUUAUCUGCCGGCUCAGCUCAUGAGCAGCUGGGCUUACAACAGUCUGCCUUCCCUUGGACCCUCCUGGAGCUUCUCUGCCUCUUGGGCCAGAGAUGAGUGUGCUUAGGUCUGUGAUGAAGACCAAACUGGCAUGAGUUUUGUUCCAUGGACUGUGUUCAUGGACUCCAGCUCUCGUUCUUCUUAUUUUUGAGAGAGAGCGCGAGCAGGGGAGGGGCAGAGAGAGGAGGAAAGGGGAUCCGAAGUGGGCUCUGCACCGACAGCAGAGAGCCUGACGACGGGGCUCAAACUCAUGAACCACGAGCUCGUGACCCGAACUGAAGUCAGAUGCUUAACCGACUGAGCCACCCAGGCGCCCCAGGUUGCUGUUGUUCUUUCUCUAGUUAGAGAAAGAACUUUAUGUCCAUUGUCCCUUCCUGACCGCUUGCCCUGUGGACUUCAGUCCCCAGCAUCACAUUUUGAAGGCACCAGCCUCAGGAAGACUGCCUACCCAGCUCCCACGCUGCAGUGUGUAGUCAAAUCCCUACACACACACACACACACACACACACACGCACACACACACAUGCACACACACGCACACACAUGUACACACGUGCACAUGCAUGCACACACAUGUGCGUGCGCACAGUUCCGCUUCUCUGAUUGAACCUGACUGAUACCAUAAAUUAGAUUCAAUUAUUUCUUAAUGGAUUCAAAGUAGCCCCACAACUGGAACCUGAAUAUUUGAUAAAGGCUCUCUGUUCUGUACAACUUAAUCAGCUGCAGAACCCUUGGGUCACAUCUUUCCUUCAUUGUUGGUAUCAGCUGCUGCUGAGAAAUUUGAAGCCACCUUGACUUUGUAUUUUUUACCUUUAUAAACAGGUAAUUUUAUACCUGGAUGCUGGACACUUGUUUAAUCUUACAAAAUGGUAACUUCAGAUGGUACAUUGAUGUGUAUAGUCUUGAAUUAAUUUUGCCUGAUAUUUAGUGAGCUUUUUGGUUUGUAGGUUUAGAUCACCAGUUGAGCAAUGUUUUCCACUGCAUAUUUGAAUAUUGUUUCAAGCUCUUUUUCCCACUUUUCUGUGCUUGUUUUUAUUCCAGGGACUUUGUUUUUUUCUUUAAAAAAAUUUUUUUUAUGUUUUAUUUUUGAAAGAAAGACAGAGUGCAGAUGGGGGUGGGGCAGAGAGGGAGGGAGACACAGGAUCCAGAGCAGGCUCCAGGCUCUGAGCUGUCAGCACAGAGCCACCUAGUCGCCCCAUAGGUGCUUUUAAUCAAGACUGCCAUCAGCAGGUGGUAGCCAACGCUAUGGCAGUAAUCAUUUCGCAACUUACAAAUGUAUUAAAUCAAUACAUUGUACACCUGAAAGUCACACAAUCUGUCAGUGAUAGCUCAAAAAAAGCUGGGAAAAUCAAGGUUGCAUCAACAUCAGUACUUCGGUUUUCGGUAAAAUUUGGUCAAUUUUCGACGUUUCUGAAGCACUUUUAUUUUCUGUAAUUAUCUUUCUCCUUAUUUCCCCCAUUAUGCCAGCUGCUGUUUCCCCUUCUUACUGAUGUCUUCUCGUCUGCUUCUUCAUUUCCUGUUUCGUGGAUUUGUGUCUGCUCUAAUGUCCUUGAGAGGGAGCAGUGCACAAACCUCUUCUAGUACAAACCUUCCAAAGAAUGUUCCUGAUUGCUUCUCAGCCUUUUGGCUGAGAUCAAGUGUAGUAUCUGUUCUAAUCAGUUUAAUAUCUUACACGUCCUGUAUCCAAAGAAGGUUCCUCAUCUGUCUUUUGUAUCUCAUGUUAAUUUCCUCCAUUUUAGUUGACGUUCGGUUUUUCAUGUUUGUGUGUUUGCUUUUUGUUUAUGUGUACAUAUCUCUGAAUGAGGAUAGUUAUGGGAAUCCUCCAAUUCCUGAUCCAGUUCAUCUGGUUAUUUUUUAGAUUGUUCACUUAGUUCUUGUUCCAGAAUAUUUGGUGUUGUGGAUGCACAUGGUCUAUUUAGUCUUCCAGUUGCCUGAGGGAGGUGGAGCUGGGAUGUUAGGCAGUAAUUAUUGGGAACAUCUUCCCUGUGGCCAACUAAUGGCAGAAAGCACUCGGAUUUUGUUGCGUUUCCUGCUUUAGGACAGACCAACCAUUUUGCUAAGAAGUAAAGUCAAGAGAGAGUUAGGGACUUAUUUGAUGGGCAUUUUAGUUAUCUAUUGCUACAUAAUAAAUUACCCAUAAACUCUGUGACUUAGGACAUUUAUUAUCUGAUAGUUUGUGGGGGUCAAGAACCUGGGCAUGGCUUACUGGGUCCUCUACGUGAGGGUCCCUCACUAGACUGCCAUGAAGGUGUUGGCUAGGGCUUCAGUGGGUGGUCUCGGGGCUCCAGUGGGGAAGGACCAGCUUCCAAGCUCACUCAUGAGGUUGCCGGUGAGAUUCAGUUCCUCACAGGACUGAGGGCGUCCUGCAGCUACUUGCCGUGUGAACCUCUCCACAGAGCAGCUCACCUUGUGGCAGCCUGCGUCAUCAGAGCAAGCAAGAGAAGAGUCAGAGUUCAGGCAAGAUCAAGGUCACCGUCUUAUAACUAAUUUCAGAAGUGCUGUCUUAUCUCCUUGACCUAUUCUGUUCUUUAGGAGCAAGUCAAUAACCCAGCCCACGCUCAAGCAGAGGAGAUUAUGCAAGGGCGUGAAUGCCAGGAGGUGGACCAUCAUUGGAACCAUUUAGAAGCCAGCUACCAUGGUGGUAGCUGUCUUUCCUCACUUCACAUCUCUUCUCAUCAGGGGCAGGGUCUGUGGAGAAGGCAUGGUGACGUGUGGCCUUUUGGGCUCUCCUCACUCCCCACACAUAGGGGAAGAAUAGGCUCACCAGGGUGUUUCACGUCUCUCCCGGCACCUGCCCGACUUGUAGUCCUUCUUACAAGUGCGAGGAGUGUUAGUGCGACCCUGAAGAAUUGCAUCCACCCACUUUGCACCAUGUUUCAUUCCUGCCUUGAAAGGGGGAGCUUAGGUGCCUGGGUGGCUCAGUCGGUUAAGCGUCUGACUUCGGCUCAGGUCAUGAUCUCACAGCUCGUGAGUUCGAGCCCUGCGUUGGGCUCUAUGCUGACAGCUCAGGGCCUGGAGCCUGCUCUUCAGAUUCUGUGUGUCCCUCUCUCCUGCCCCUCCUCUGAUCCCACUCUGUCUCUCUCUCUCUCUCAAAAAUAACUAAACAUUUAAAAAAAUAAAAAAAUUUAAAAAAAAGAAAGAAAAGGCGAGCUUGUCUCAAACCUGCUCAUCCUCUGGCAAUUUGGUCCAGAUUUGCAACAUAUCACAUUUACCACAUAUCAUAGUCGUUGAGCGUUUAUUAUAUACAAGAUGCUUUGUAUGGAUUUGUACAUCUUAAUCCCCCAGGCUUCUGGAGUACAGUAAUUGUUGCCAUUUUAAAGAACAGAAGUGGAAGGCUUGGCGAGAUCGCAUAACUUGGCCACGGUCCCACAGCUAUGAGCGGCAAAUCCGGGGUGUUAAGGGUGUAACCAGCAUAUAAAGUUUCAGAGACUGUCAAGCAAACUCAUUGUUUGGGGUUUGGUUUCACAGAGAGGGUUCUUUAAGUUCAUCCAAAUUCAUUUUGCGUACUUGAUUCAUUAGUGAUUACAAUGUUGGAUUCAGAUUCCCCCCUUUCCUGCCAAGCACUAUCCUAGGCAGUUUUCCUCUUUCUGUUCUCCUGAGAUAAAGAUUUAAUUAUGUCCAGUUUACAGAUGAAGAAACUGAGACCCAGAGGUCACACAGCCCAUGAGGGGCAGAGUCAGGAAACCAACUCCUUGUACUUCCCGCAAUCGUUUUCUCCUUGUUUGGCUCUUUUGUCCAUUUAAUGCCUUUUCUCACUUUGGGCUCAUCACUCAAACAUGAUCCUCUGAUGGCUUUCCCACAGCCUUAUGUUCAAAUCCACAGGCCUUUUUUAAGUGUAUUUAUUUUGAAAGAGAGAGAAUGUGUGUGACAUGUGCACACAAGCAGGGAGGGACAGAGAGAGAGAGAGAGAGAGAAAUUCCAAGCAGGCUCCACACUGACAGCACAGAGCCUGACUCGGGGUUCGAGCCCAUGAACCGUGAGAUCAUGACCUGAGCCAAAAUCGAGAGUUGGACACAACCAACGGAGCCACCCAGGUGCCCUUCUUGGGCUUUAUUAUUUAAGUUUUUCCUUUUCUUUUCUUCAUCGAGAUGUAAUCGAAACCUAACAUCGUGUACGUUUCAGGUGCACAGCAUGCUGCUUUGCUACAUUUGUCUAUUGCGCUAUGCCUAUCGGCACAAUGUUAGCUAACACCCGCGUCACAUAAUUAUAAUUUGUGUGUGUGUGGUGAAAACAGUUAAGAUCUAGUUUCUUAGCAACUUUGAACUUUUUAAUACGGUUGAUUAUCAUCAGCGUGCAGUGCAUUAGAUCCCCCAAACCUGUUUACCCCACUCUUAUGUUUUAACUUCACCAAUAGAGUGAACCCAGGAAAUGCUAGGCCCCCACCCUCAACCCAAAAAAGGCAGGACCCCAGGUCUGCAGAGCUCUGUCUUUAUCCUUGACCUCGGUGUGGCUCUCAGGCUGCUGUGAACCCUCCAGGGCUUGUGACUAAGAAGCCUUGUUUUGUUAAAGUUCCCUGAUGGCUGUUGUGAGGGGAAUCUUGCAGUCCGGCAGCAAGGUUGGCCCCAGUGCGGGGAGAGGAGGCUCAUGGCAGUAGGAGGGGCCCAGGCGAGCAUCCCAAGGCCUUCCUCGCUGGUAGCAUCGCAGGCUGAGACCGAUGCAAAAACAGAUACCCAUCAAAUGACUCACCCUUCCUCACUGGGGGGAUGAAGGGAGGGCAAGAGGCCAAGAGUCUUAAGGGAAGACUGAAAACCAAAAACAGGGAAGAGACAUUUCUCCUCUCCACCCCAACAUCCAACACUGGGCUGGUCCUGUGCCCUUCUUGCCAGAAUAGCUCCGCCACCCCUCCCCCCCACCCCCCAACCUGGCUAAUUUCUUACUUACCUUUCAGGUCUCAGCAUAAACAGGACACCCUCCCAGAACCUUCUGUGAUCCCCCAAACUAAGUUAGGAGCCCCCUCCCUCGCUCUCCUAGCACUCUGCUUGUCCUCUUGUGAUUAUGUCCUUGUGUCCCUGGCAUGGAGCAGGCCUUUAGCACUCUGCAUGUCCGGCUGACUGGCCUUCCAGGCGGGGAACAGAGGAAGAGUACGACGGACCCCCUCUGGAUUAUGGGUUGUCCCGAGCUGCAUUCUUGGCCGACUGGAGCUUGCUCUAUUACAGCUUCCUACCUGCCUCAUUUGCUUUGGCUGGAAUUUCAACAUUCAGUGGUGACACCCACUUUUUGCCUCAUCUGUUCAUGAAAAUUUGCCACCUUUCCUCCUUCCACAAAGUCAGUCUCCUUAUUUGUGCCGCUGCCUUUCCAACUCUGUGGGCAGAUGAAGUUCACUGCAGCAGAGUCCUUGAGAACAGUAUCUUCAAGGACAGCAAGAAGGAGGGCAUUUCUCACAAGGCACUGUGCUGUCAACUUAGGGCUCACUGUUGCAAGGCUGGACUUCAUGGACGUUGUAUCUAUGCAGUGGUGUAGAUAAUCCAGCUUGUUGUAGGUUGAGUGUGCCAGAACUAAGAGCCUUUUCUAUCUUAAAAUGGGUUUGUCUUAUAUCUUAGAGCACUUAAACUACCUGGAUGGGUCCUCUCUGACUUCACCUUCACGUCCCAUUUUAUUUACGAGGAAAUCAGUUUAAAAAGAGUAAGCAUGAGGGGCGCCUGGGUGGCUCAGUAAGUUAAGCAUCUGACUUCAGCUCAGGUCAUGAUCUCACGGUUCAAGGGUUCAAGCCCUGCAUCGGGCUCUGUGCUGACAGCUCAGAGCCUGGAGCCUGCUUCGGAUUCUGUGUCUCCUUCUCUCUCUGCCCCUCCCCUGUCUCUCAAAAAUGAAUAAAUGUUAAAAAAAAUUUUUUUAAAGAAAAAUUAAGUAUGAGCUCUUCCAAUUUUGAUCCCUAUGGAAAUUUAAUUUUGAUAUGUUUUUAAACAUGAUGUGUUUAUAUUUUAUGCCCUACCCUUUUUUCAUUUAAUAGUAUUGCACAGAAGGCUUUCCAGGUACUGGGGCUUCCAGAUUGGUGAACAGACGCAGGUGCUGGGAGGGUGACAGACUCAGAGAAGACAUGAAAGUUCCAUGCCCCUCCCCCCACACCCUCCCCUCCCCCCAUACCCUUCCAUUUGGCUGUGGAGUUAUAUCCUUCACAAUAAACCAGUAAUAGUAAAUAGAACAACCACAACCAUUUUCCAGUUUUUGUGUGAUUUUUAUAGUUCCCAUUUUCUUGGCUCCUAGUAAUUGAUUUAUAAUGGUCUGUGUCAUUCAUCCAUUGUUAGCUUCUCUUUACAUUUAACUGCCACAAGCAUUCUUUACGGCAAGCUAAUAUUUUGAAAUAUUAAUCCCUGUGAUUUUCUUCUCUGUCUUACUGAGUGUACGAUCCCUCACCGAAUCAUCCACGGAGAUCUAAAAUGCCUGGAGAGGAGCACCUGAGUGGCUCAAUCCAUUAAGCGUCUGACUCUUGAUCUUGGCUCAGGUCAUGAUGUCAAGGUUUGUGGGAUCGAGCCCCACGUUGGGAUUCUCUCUCCCUCACUCUCUGCCCCUCCCUCACCUGCUUGCUCUCUCUCUCUCUCAAAAUAAAUAAACUUAAAAAAAAAUACAAUGCCUGGAGGAGGAUCAGAGCCAUUAAAACAGAAUGCAAAUGGGGCACCUGGCUGGCUCAAUCGGUAGAGCAUGCAAGGCUUCAUUUCAGGGUCUUGAGCUUGAGCCCUAUGUUGGCUAGAGAGGUUACUUUAAAAAAAAGAAAAAGAUAAAAAAGAAACAUUGAGAAGCAAUAGCUUUUGAUUUGCAAGAGAAAAGAAAGGGUAUUUGAGAAUCAAAAAGAUCCUGCAAGGAAAGGGCAGAGAACUUAUGCCUUAAUAACAGAUGGUGUCAACGUGCAAAAAAGCUGAACCCUAAUUAGAGGAUAGAUCUAGAAUGGUAACUGAGGACAGUAAUGUCAUAGCAAUAGGGAACUGAAUUCAAAUUCGGUUUGUGUAGAGGUCUGAAAUAGAAUUAUAAAUCUGGGGUCGGUGGUGUAUAAAUGGCCUGUAUAAAUUUAUACAAUUUGUCCAAUAUCGAUUCUCUUGUCGUCUAAUUGAGACACAAUGGAUGUAACAGUGUGUAAGUUUAAGUUUAUGCAACAUGUUGGCUUGCUGCAUUUAUGCAUUUGCAAUAUGAUGACUGUAGUAGCAUUAGCUAACACCUCUAUCACGUCCCAUAAUUCUUUCUUUCUUGUGGUUAGAGCAAUUAAGAUCUAGUCGCUUAGCAACUUUGAAGCUUGUAAUUCAGUAUUGCUGACUGUAAUCACUAUGCGGUGCGUUGAAUCUCCAGAACUUACUUAUUUACUAGUGGUGUCCCUGGUAACUACCAUUCUACUCUCCGUUUUGAUGAGUUCAGCUUUUUAAAAUUCCACAUACAAGCGGUAUCAUACGGUAUUUCUCUUUCUCUGUCUGCCUUACCUCACUUACCGUGAUUGCCCUCAAAGUCCAUCCGUGUUGCUGCAAAUGGGCUGGAUUUCCUUCUUUCUCGUGGCUGAAUAAUAUUCCAUUGUAGACAUAUAUAAAUUCUCUUCGUUCUAUCAGAGUCUUAAAUUGGUUCAGAGUGCAAUGGGCCUAGUUAAAGAUACCUUCCCUGACUUUCUGGCUGCUAGGAUUGGCCAGCCCUGCCCGAUGACAGGUAAGCAGAAGUGGGUGGAUAGACUUCCGGGAAACUAUACAAAGGGAUAGAUGAGAUUCGGGUGCACGUUGGUCUUCCCCCAUCUGCGUGUAAUGUAAACUUGCCAGAGGCAGAGCAUCCGUCUUGUUAUAGAAGGCAAAGAGAGCAUGCACAUGCAAGCUACCUGUGAGGAUGGUGAAGGGCAGAAGAGGCUCCCUGGAACAACGAUGGCACGGGAGAGCUGCCUGCCAGUCCUAGAUCACGUACUUUCAGUCUUACUAGAAAAAGAAGCCCCCAUUUGGUUAAACUAGUAUAGUCCCUUCUUCUGUUACACGGACUCCAGUGCCACCCUGAUGUUGAUGGCAGCUGAGCCCAAGAGCCUUCGUGAGGUUGCCGGGGAGAGUCUAGACUGUGAGGCGAGAGGGGUCCUGGGAAGAAUCCCGCGGGAACUUGUAACACUCAACAGCCAGGCAGAGGAGGCCGACUUGCAGGAGGAGUUGGAGAAGUAGAAACCUGAAACCAGCGUUUGGGAAGCAGUGCUCAGAACCUAAGUGUCGGCAAGACCAGGAAGCAGAAAGGUUAAAGGAACCGUCUCGUAGCCAGAUUACCUGAAUUCAGCCCGGGCUCAGGUCACUGCUAUCCAGGUGGCCUGUGCCUCAACCUCCUCAUUUGUAAAAUGGGGAUAAUAAUAAGGUUAUUGGGGCACCUGGCCGCCUCAGUCAGUGGAGGAUGCGACUCUUGAUCUUGGAGUUGUGAGUUCGAGCCCCGUGGUUGGUGCAGAGAUUACUUAAAAAAAAUAAAAUCUUUAAAAAUAACAAUAAUCAGGUUAAUCAUUCUGCAGAAGCAGGAAGGUGUUUUUGUUUGCUUUUUGUUUUGUUUUUUUUGUUUUUUGUUUUUGUAAAGGCCAAACCCUUGGGAAACCUGCAAAUGGUGUUAUCCUCUGUGGAAUUAUCAGACAUUAGUCAUCAGACAGGCCUAAUGAAAGACAGUUUCCUCUAGGGUGUUGCAAAGGGUCCCUCCUCUGAGUCUGGCUGGCUCAUCCUGUAGUUAGUGCACUGACCAAGAGUUUUCCAUUCAAACAAGCAUUUAGAAGCAUUCGUUGGACCCCUUCCAUGUGCAUGGACUGUGUCGGACGAGGGUGGGAUACAAAGAUGAAUACAGUAUGGUGGGUGCGCGUGUGCGUGGGUGGGGAGAUCUCUCUGGGGCACCAACAGCAGCUGCUACCUUUUUUCUGCUGGGCUUGAACCAGGACGGAUGUGACCCUGAAGAGACAUCUCAGGACACCUGAAGGCGAAGCUAACUUGGCACAAGGCAGAGCCAAGAGAUGGAGAGAAAUGCAGUCACAAGGCAAUGACGUGUCGGAGCCCCGAAUCAAAUAACACCCGAAGGGAGAAGUAUUCUCCAACUUUUCAUUUAUGGAAUCCAAUGAACUGCUUAAACCAUUUGAGCUAGCUUUCCCUUCACUUGCAAGUGAAGCAGCUCUAAACGCUGCAAGUGAUGUCUAAUUAAUAUUUGCCUCCUGCCUUAAAAUUCACUGCUUUAUUCACAGUUGUGAAUGCUUAAUUAAGCGAACUGUUGACGUUGCAUAGCUAGCUGGGUUCAGAAACUGGGGCGAAUCUUGCAUACCAUUUUUGUUUUUGUUUUUGUUUUUUUACAAAACUAUGUUAUGGAAAAUUUCAAAUAAAUACAGAAGCAGAGACAAUCGUAUAAUGAACCACCGUGUCCCCAUCGCUCUGUUCGGACAAUGAUCAACUCAUGAGCAAACUUAUUUUACCUAUUCUACCUUCCACCCCCCAAAAUGGAUUAUUUUUAAAGCAUAUCCCAUGCUUCAUUUUAUCUGAUCAGUGUGCUCAGGUCACAGGACUGCAUUAUAUCUGCCAAGGAGCAGACAGCAGAGACCUAGCCCCUUUGGGGGGCUUUAGAAGUCCUUUAGCAGAGGACUCCCCUUGA